AUGAUCCAUACUAAAACGAUCACUUCUACUGAUUAUGAAUAUGAUCUUUAUGCAGUUGUUAACCACAGCGGUGAUCGAAAUGGAGGCCACUACAAUGCUGCCAUCAAGUCAUUUGAGGAUAAUCAGUGGUACUGCUUUGAUGACUCUUCUGUCACAAAGUAUUCAGUGGAUGCCCUACAAAAGUCACGGUUGGCCUACUUACUGAUGUACAGACAAACAGCACCAAGCCGAAGAAAUUUUGCACUGCAAAAACUCCUGAAAUUACCUCUGCACUGCACAAUCGCAUUAUCAUAG